UUUAUUUUCAGAAGGUUUUAGUUUACAGCUUUCAUUAUCAUUAUUUAUAAUCAUUAAAGUCAAGUCAAAGUUAGAAGAAAAAUACAUAUUACAAACACAGAAAAUAUCCAGAUUUCCAGGUUCCAGAAUCUCCGUUAUCUCUAAAAAUAUCUACUGAAGAGCGAAACGAUAGCAAAAUAAACAGCAAUUUGAUUUUUAAAAGAAAAACGCUAAUUGAAACGAAAAAUGUCAAAACGUAAAUACGAAAGCCAAUUCUUUGAAACCAACGAGAAAAGAACUUACACACAAGGAAAUGAGAAGAAACACACUCUGGAUAGUGAUGAGGAGGAUUUUAUUGAUGAAACCAAUGUCUUAGAUGAGAAUGAUAUUGAAGGAGAAGAAGAAGGAACAACAAGACAAGAAGGGGAGCAAAGAAUGACAGCUUUUAACAUGAAAGAGGAACUGGAGGAGGGUCACUUUGACAGGGAUGGUCACUUUAUUUGGAAAAAUGAAAAAGAUGUGCGGGAUAAUUGGUUAGAUAAUAUUGAUUGGCAUAAAAUUAAACACAAUGCUGAAUUUGCUAAUAAAUAUGAUAUUGAAGAAGCUGGAUUAGGUGCAGAAAGUGACUCAGAUUACGAAACAGAUACACCCUUUGAUCAAAUAUUGGUUUACAAACAGAUAUUAGAAUUUAUGAAGCCAAAAGAAACAAUCAAUAAGGCAUUAAAAAGACUUGGUGGAGAUGACACAAAGUUAUCUAGUGUUGAAAGACUGAAAAGAAAAAAAGCUGGUACUCUAAAAACUUCAGAAGAUGUUACUAAACUUACUGAAUUAGCCAAUCAGAUUUUGACAAGAUUGGGGAACAUGGACAUUUAUCAAGAAACAUAUGAACAGAUAACAUCUAAAAUAAAAGUUAAAGAUGGUAAAUCAAAGGAUAUGGUACAAGAACCAGAAUUGGAUAUGUAUGCUGAUGAUUUUGAUGUUAAGGAAAAAGAAAAACUCAAAGAACCAUCAAUAAGCGAUAAUACUGAAACAUCUGAUAAUACCUCUGAAAAUAUAGAACUCCAGUGGGAAUUAAAAUGGUCCGCCGAAGAUUCCAAAAUUGAGGGACCUUACACUACAAACCAAAUGAUAAAGUGGCAAAGAGAAAAUUAUUUCAAGCCAGGUGCAGUUGUUCGGAAGCAUGGAGAGAAUUCCAACUUUUAUUCCUUAAGUAGAAUAGAUUUUGAAUUAUAUGAAUAAAAACAAAUAAAAGUUGUUAUUUUUUGGUUUA